AUGCUUUGUCUCCUGUGUGAAAUGUGUAGCCUGUGAAGUUGCACUGAGUCCCGGUGAAACAGGUGAAAGGGAAAGCACCGCGAUAACGCGAGAUAACUAUAUCGCUUUCCACUCUUUAUGUUGCAUGCCUGUGACCAGUUCAUCAUCUGUGGGGGAAGAAGGAAGCUGCAACCUGUCUCUAUUUUUCCCCGGCAGUGAGCAGUGGCUUCCUGGCGUCAACACAGCCGAUUAAAAACAAGUAUCUGAAGGAGAACCAAAUAUGUCGACAGGGAGAAAAGCAGCGUUAAGUGAAAACACGCUCUUUGGGAUGGGAAAUCCCUUGCUGGACAUUUCAGCUGUUGUGGACAAAGAUUUCCUUGACAAGUUUGGGCUGAAGCUUAAUGACCAGAUCCUCGCUGAAGAAAAACACAAAGCCUUGUUUGAAGAAAUUGUCAAGAGGAACAAAGUUGAAUACCAUGCAGGCGGUUCGACCCAGAACUCUGUGAAAAUUGCUCAGUGGAUGAUCCAGGAACCCCACAAGGUGGCCACUUUCUUCGGGUGCAUCGGGACCGACCACUUCGGGGAGAUCCUGAAGAAGAAGGCGGAAGAAUGCCACGUUGACGCGCAUUAUUAUGAACAAAAUGAGGAGCCGACCGGUACCUGUGCAGCCUGCAUCACCGGGGACAAUAGGUCCCUUGUUGCUAACCUGGCAGCGGCAAACUGCUACAAAAAGGAAAAACACCUGGACUUGGACAGCAACUGGGAGCUGGUGAAGAAAGCCAAGGUCUAUUAUAUUGCGGGUUUUUUCCUCACCGUGUCCCCAGAGUCCAUCCUGAAGGUGGCGAAGCACGCUUCAGAUAACAACAAAAUCUUCUGCAUGAACCUCUCGGCACCUUUCAUCAGCCAGUUCUUUAAAGAGCCCUUGAUGAAGGUCAUGCCUUACGUCGACAUCUUGUUUGGCAACGAGACGGAGGCGGCCACAUUUGCCAAAGAGCUGGGCUUUGAGACAGAUGACAUUGCGGAGAUUGCAAAGAAGACCCAGAACCUCCCCAAGGAAAACACAAAGAGGCCGCGAGUGGUGGUCUUCACCCAGGGCAAGGAUGACACUGUUGCUACUGUUGGUGAAAAGGUGACCAUGUUCCCUGUUUUGGACAUCGACCAAAACGAUAUUGUGGACACUAACGGAGCUGGAGACGCCUUUGUGGGAGGAUUCCUCUCUGCGUUGGUCCAGGAGCACGCGUUGGAGGAGUGCAUCCGGGCCGGACACUACGCCGCCAACGUCAUCAUCAGACGGGUCGGGUGCACUUUCCCAGAGAAGCCAGACUUUCACUGAUGCAUCCAAGCACUGCACAUUUGUCUUUUCCACAACAUACCUGUAUAUGUAUGCUUAAAGAUUUUAUGUACAUUUUUUACAGUGACUGCAUGGUUGCUGCAGCUUGGAUAUUUUUUUCAAGCACAGAUAAGCAACUCAGAUGUUUUAUUACAAUUAAAACAAUGUACUACUAUCACAUAUUGGAAUAAAAUGGUUAUGUUUAAAGGAGAAUUCCACUAAAAAGAUCUAUCUCAGAAACUGAAA